ACUACCGUGAAUAAGCCCAAAAAAUUCGACUGCUGUAAAAUUUAUUUAUAUAUUAACUGUGAUAAUUUAAUUAUUUAACAGAAUAUGUGUGGAAUUUGUUGUAUUCUAUAUUCUGGAAAAAAUGAAAAUAAUCCAAAAUGUUUGGAGGGAUCAUCAGGAUUAUGUUUUCUUGGUGCAAGAGGUCCAGAUCUACAAACUAAUAGAACAAUAGAAUUAAACAAUGACUUUCAUUUGCAACUUGCCGGUUAUGUCUUACAUCUUAGAGGUCAGCCUACUCCACAACCAUUGACAAAUAAAGAUGGGGAUAGUUUAUUAUGGAAUGGAGAAAUAUUUGGAGGAAUAGAGGUAAAGGAAGAAGAGAAUGAUACACAAGUUCUGUUUUCUAGACUAACAGAAUCUGUGACCAAUACACAAUUACUACAUGUAGUAGAACAAAUUGAGGGACCAUGGGCUUUUAUAUACUGGCAGAGUAAGAAGAAAAAGUUAUGGUUUGGAAGAGAUCGAUUUGGCAGAAGGAGUUUAUUAUGGCAUUUACCUGCAACUACAACUGAUGCUUUUAUGCUGACAUCCGUAACCAUUCUGUCACAUGAAUUUUAUGAACUUCCAUCUAUUGGUGUUUUUUGUCUCGAUUUAAGUGAAAAUGACCCAAAAGAUUCAAAUUUGAAUCUGGAAUUGUUUCCAUGGAAAGAUGCCAAGUGGCCUGGAACUAAUGAUUGUGUAGACAAUGACAAUAUUCUCCAAUCCAACAUUUAUCCUGUUGAUUAUUCCAACAUACAGAUCUCCAUUGAUAAAACUACUAAAAUAAAUUCAUGGAUACCCAGUCUUAAUAUGGAAAUUCCAUCUGAUGAUUUUAAAUCUGUAGACUUGAAUAACAUGACAUCUAAAGAGUAUUUACACAGUCUUUUACAAAACAGUGAACUGUUGAAGAAGUCAGCUGAACAGUUUGUGGAUAUUUUAGAAAAAGCUGUCAAAAAACGAAUAUUCAAUCUACCUCGCGAAUCGGUGUCUCAUCAUGCUCAAAAUCCAUGUAGUCAUUUAAAAGAGAAUGUACCUAUGAACAAAGAUGCCAGUUGUGAAAGAGAAUCCAGUAUAUUAGAGUGUGGUAAAGCAAAAGUUGCGAUUUUGUUUUCUGGUGGAAUUGAUUCUGCCAUAAUUACAGCUUUAGCUGACAGAUGUGUACCUGUCAAUGAACCAAUUGAUUUAUUAAAUGUAGCUUUUGAACAACUACCGAAAGCUCAACCAAAUACAGUUAAAAGGGGAAAGCAAAGUGUACAAGCUGAAGUGAAAGAUAAAUUUAGUGUUCCUGAUAGAUUAACUGGUUAUACAGCCUUAGCAGAAUUAAACCCCAAUAGGUGUUGGAACUUUGUAGAGAUAAAUGUUACACAAGAAGAAUUAAAAGAUGUAAGAUCAAGACGUGUUCGUCACCUUGUCUACCCAUCAUGCACUGUAUUAGAUGAUAGUAUAGGAUGUGCCAUAUGGUUUGCAGCACGUGGACAGGGUAUUAUGGGUAAUGGUAAGAAUAAAGGAGAAAGAUUUUCCAGUACAGCUAGAGUUAUAUUGUGUGGUAUGGGAGCUGAUGAACAACUAGCUGGAUAUUCUAGACAUAGAAGUAGAUACAGUGAAGGAAAAUGGGAUGGACUUUUACAAGAGAUAAAAAUGGAAAUGCAAAGAAUAUCAGCUAGAAAUUUAGGACGCGAUGAUAGAAUAAUAGGGGAUCAUGGUAAAGAGGCCAGGUUUCCUUUCUUAGAUGAGAAAGUUGUUCAACAUCUCAGUAGUUUACCUAUUCAUAUCAAGGCUCAACUUGAUUUACCAAGAGGAUUAGGGGAGAAACUAUUAUUACGAUUAUCAGCCUACAGUAUAGGAUUAUUGAACACUAGCUGUUUUCCUAAGAGAGCUAUACAGUUCGGUUCCCGAAUAGCUAAACUGGAAAAUAAUAAAGAAAAAGCAAGUGAAAAAUGUGAACGUUUAACUGGUGAAUAGACAAAAGUGAUAGAUGAAUUAAAGACCUUAUAACAUAUACCAGUAACAUCUUGUAUUUUUAACACCAAACAAUGAACAUUGUACAAUGUAGUCGGCAAAGAAUAUAGCUUUUAUAUCACAAAUUAAACAUGCUUAAAAUGGCAAUGUUGUGGGCAUUGAACCAAAUAUGACCUUCUAUGGGUAAUCCUAAGUUAUAUUUUUAACAUGCACAUUAUAUUGUGACAAGCAACUUUUAUCAUACAUUAUAUUGAAAGUUUUCUCGAAAGCAAUACCCUACUGAUAUCACAUGUUGGUCAACUAAUGAUGGUCUAUGAACCAAACUGUGCAAUAUAUUUGUAUAAUAAUAAAUAAAGUUGGAUCAACCCAA